AUGAAAGUCACUCAGGCUCUGAAAAGCAUCAGCAGAAACCACUGGGGCUAUGGCCCUUCCACCAGCAGAACACUCUACACCGCUGUGGUGGAACCCAUCAUUACCUACGGCUCUGAAAUCUGGGGCUCUUCUGUCAACAAAGUCCAUAUAAAGAGAAAGCUUCUCUCAAUUCAAAGGCUCCUAGCAAUUAACAUAGCUAAAUCUUAUAAGACUGCACCAACGGAGGCCCUCUUGGUCAUCAACCGUACUCUGCCAAUCGAUCUCAAGAUCAAAGAAAAUUAUAUCAAAUAUAAUCUCUGCAAGCUAGCCAACAACCUCAUUAACAUGGAACAAUUCUNCCUAGCAAUUAACAUAGCUAAAUCCUAUAAGACUGCACCAACGGAGGCCCUCUUGGUCAUCAACCGUACUCUGCCAAUCGAUCUCAAGAUCAAAGAAAAUUAUAUCAAAUAUAAUCUCUGCAAGCUAGCCAACAACCUCAUUAACAUGGAACAAUUCCGCACUACGGUUGCCAAAGAAGUAUACAAUACAGACUUUUGUACACUCGCUAAUCUAGUGAAUACCAACGGUAUUGAUAAGUGCUAUACGCAUCAGCCAGUUCAUCCUAGCCUCACCUUCAUUGACCCUUCUGGGACCUAUCACAAUGAUAAUCGGACAAUUAGUAUUUACACUGAUGGGUCCUACUCCAAGCUCGGGGUGGGCUGCACCAUGGUAGUUCACAAAGGAAAUCAUUGUCUCCAUCAGUGGAGCAGGAACCUUGCCUUUCACUGUACCAUUAAUCAGGCGGAGUCCUACGCCAUUUACAAUGCCAUUAACUGGAUAGUAAAUAAUCAGCAUAAGUGGCUCAACCAUAACUUCUGCAUUCUCAGUGAUAGUCGGACAGCAAUCCAGCAAAUCAUUAAUGCCAAUAACACACUUCUUAUUGUAAAGGACAGCAUAAACAAUUUACAGGAUCUACAAAGAAUAAACAUCAGGGUUGCUAUACAGUGGGUCAAGGGGCACUCUGGGAACGCAGGGAACGACAGGGCAGACCUCCUCGCUCGUAUCGCCCCUACCAGGGCCACCAACUUCAGCUACCAUAAAAUCAGCAAUAGACGUCUUCGCAAACUGACGCAUGACAUAAUUUUGAAAACCUGGAAAAUAAGGUGGGACAAUUGCACUACUGGUAGGCUGACCCACAGAUUCUAUCCUUCACCUACGGAUAGUCUCAGUCACCCCCUCUUCCCCUCCUUCCAAGUCACGCAGCUACUGACGGGGCAUGGGAACUUGAACUCUUACCUAAAGAGGUUCCUUCAUAAAUCAAACGGGCUCUGCAAUUGUGAUAUGAAUGAAGACGAAGACGCACACCAUAUCAUUUUCUUAUGUCCCUUCUACAGGACACAGAGAAAGACACUUGCUCAAGUAAUCAACAACAACGGCAUCCACUGGCCCUGUGAACUUAAGGCAUUCACCGAGGAUAAGACGAAUUUCAACGCUCUCAAGCAGUUUGCUGCUAGUAUUAAAAAGCUAGAUUAA